GGAGUUACCAUAUUAAGCAAUUAUCAUUGAGGGUUAGUUCAUACAUUUGUAAACUCCAAUCGAUCUAAUGUCUGAGUCUGAUAUUUUGUCGCCGGUGUUUGCCCCAUUUUUUGGGUUUGCUGGAUGUGCAGCUGCUAUGAUUUUAUCAUCAGCUGGAGCAGCCAUUGGAACUGCUAAAUCCGGUAUUGGUAUUUCUGGAAUUGGUACAUUUAAACCAGAAUUAAUUAUGAAAUCUUUAAUUCCUGUUGUUAUGUCGGGUAUAUUAUCAGUUUAUGGAUUAGUUGUAUCUGUAUUAAUUGCUGGAGGUUUAUCUCCAACUGAAAAUUAUUCCUUAUUUAAUGGAUUUAUGCAUUUAGCUUGUGGUUUAGCUGUUGGUUUUGCAUGUUUAUCAUCAGGUUAUGCUAUUGGUAUAGUUGGUGAUGAAGGUAUAAGACAAUAUAUGCAUCAACCAAGAUUAUUUGUUGGUAUUGUUUUAAUCUUAAUUUUUGCUGAAGUCUUGGGAUUAUACGGUAUGAUUAUUGCUUUAAUCUUAAAUACUAAGGGAAGUGGUUAAAUUUUAACUCCUUUUUAAAGAAAUAUUUCAUGACAUCCCUUAUUAUUCUUCAAUUCGUAUUUCCUUUUUAUUUCAUACAUAUAAUCGGACUAUAACAUCACUUGCAUCAAUUAAUUUUUCUGCUAGUAUAGCUAUAGGAUUUAUUUUCAUAUAGACAAAUCAACUUAGUAUACGUAUCAUAAUUAUAUUAAAUUAAAUUAAAUUAAAUUAAAUUAUAUUAUAUUAUAUUACAAAUUUUCUCAUGUAUAUUUUAAAUAUAUGUUUAUAAAAGUAU